CAUAGGGAUGUAUGUCCGGGGAAUAUCAUGUUUGGUUGGGAUGGGAUUGUCAGAUUGAUAGAUUUUGGUGUUUGUUGGGAUGAAAGGGAACCUGAUGUGGCAUACAGAGCACCAGAACUUUUAUUCGGAGAUAAAACCUAUGAUCCACAAGCUAUAGAUAUUUGGGCAGCCGGUUGCACCUUAGCUGAAUUCUUCACC